AUGCAGUCGUCGGAUGAGACACAGAAGCUCCUGGAGGAACAGGCGAGCCAGCCGGAGGAAAAACGCCAGCUCUGUACAGCAUCGGAUAGCUGUGCAUCGUCGGUCCGCAUGGGGCUGAUCAUCUGCACCCUCAUGAUGAUCACUGUCCAGUUCACGCUGCUGCAGUUCGGCGAGAGCAUUGCGCUAAUCUCCGCAGCGCAGGUCGCCCUCGCCUUGCACGAGCCCCCGCGCACGGUGGUGAGCAUCACCACGUUCAGCGAGCGGAUCUUCCACAUGGCACCCUGCCUGGAUAGCGUCUUUUCGCAGUCGCAGAAGCCAGACCGGGUGAUCAUCACCAUCCCGAAGACAUACAGGAAGAAAGAAAAGACCAUAUGCACCCUCUCGGACUGUGACAUCAACGUCGCGGAUUACAACGAGAGCAUAGAGAGCGUGUUGAGCUGGUUCAAGAACUACUCCACCGCGAGCUUCAACGAGACCAAGCACGACGUGUUCGAGUCCCCCGAGAUCACGGUCCAGUUCCUCGACAAGGACUGGGGUCCCGGGACCAAGGUCCUCGGCGCCUUGCUGCUGGAGCACGACCCGGAGACCGUCAUCAUCACAUUCGACGACGACAUAGCGUACAACAGGAACACGGUUGAAUGGCUCGCCACCCGCAUCGAUCGCGAGGGCAUGGCGCUCUCCUUCGGUUGCGAGAUGUGGAACAAUCACCACAGCAACUUCAAGGCGUUCACGACCUACUCCCUGUACAACACGUUCGCGACCACCCCGCGGGUCUGCAACGGCUGGCUGGUCGGCUGGACCGCCGUGGCCCACCGCGUCAGGAACUUCGGGGAGGACGUCUGGACAUACCUGGAUACACUUCCCCGGGGGUGUUUCUAUAACGAUGAUAUCUGGUUGUCCGGCUACGUCGCCAGAAGGGGCAUACUGAAAGUUUUGAGCACUAUCAAGGACACCAGACAGCGGUACGCUUUCCCCUGCGCAAGGGAAUUUUUCGGAAAGCGAAUGGAGCGAUGGGCGGUGUUGAACGCGGAGGUGGAGAGGGCACUGGACCCGAGGGCGGAGGGAGGGAAGAUACCAGAGGGGGUGGACGUCGGGGAGAUGAUGGAGGAGUGGCUGACGAGGACGGACCCGACGGAGAAGAGCACGGCGCAGGUCAUUCUGAGCCGGAUGCAUGUGCAAGGGUGCGUGCUGGCGAGGAUGGCGCAUCUGGUGCUCGAGGUGGACGAGAGGAGGAUGCAGGACGUGGUGCCGGGCUGCAAGGAGCUCGAGAUCUCGGAGGAGCCGGUGGACUCGAUGGGGUGGCGGGAGCUGAGCGGCGCGCUGGACAACGUGCAGCUCAACUGGACCCGGGUGUCGUGCCUGCCUGGGGCAAGGGAUCUGUGCUGGAAGCUUCUCGCCCGCUUCGGCUUCUUCGCCGCCUAUGGCUUCUACGAGAGCGAUGUCAUCGGGGUAGACGUCGUGCACGAUCGAGAGGUCCUUCAGCAUGAGGGGAAGGAGGGUCACAGGCUUUCCGAUCUCGCGAAGGUCCAGGCUCUGGACGCCUUCUUCUGUCUCUUCCGGUACCUCUGGCUCCUUGCCCGGGAGACGCCCGUGCCCGCUUCCGUCCCGGGGUCGGACGGGCUGAGCUUGCAAAGGUUCCACUUCGAGGCGGCGACUGACACGUACCACGGGGCGACGAUGCACGACGACGUCCACUGCGGGGCAAUCCUACAGUACAUGCACCGCUUCUCCGGACUGUACCAUUCCGUGAGCCAGGCCGUAUACUUCCAUAAGCCGACAUACCAGAGGAGGCGCGCGCCCAUGUCCCUGGCGGACUUCGAGGAGGAGGGCCGGACUGCUUUAGACUGGAUUCCUGUGUUGCAGCAGCUGUACCCUGAACUGCCUCUCUAUCAUGAGGCUGUGGACUUUCGCCGGAUCUUGGAAGAGAAGUGGUGCUGGCUCCACGCCCCGGGGAGGGUCUGGCUCCUUAGGGGGGAUGGAGACUCGGGUGGAUAUAAGCGGUUCUGGCGGGGGGGCUGCCAGGGGAUGAGUGGAAGGGCGAAGGAAGUGCGUGUGCCGCUGAUAUCCGCGGAGUUCGAUGGAGCGGGCGAUCUUCAGGAGGAGGUCAGGAGCAUCCGCGAGAGCGUCAAUGAGCUGAAGAAGGUCGCGUGGAAGAUCAAGCAUGGAUUCAUCCGCUUCGAGGGCAGGGAGGCAGCGAAAUUCUACGAGUAUGUAGCGAAGAACCACGAUGAGAUUCACGAGAUGGUCACGAAACAGAUCAAGCAACAUGCGGACGAUCUACAGAGAAUGAUCGAUGAGAAGUACAACUCCUUGAAACCUUACGCGGAGUCGAAGACGGAGGCAAGGUCCCGGGUUGACAUCGAUGAUGCAGCCCUGGAAGAAAAGAUUCUGGGGUUACUGGAAGUUGUGAUUGAAAAGAAGAUAGAGCCGCAGAGUGUGGCGAUCAAGCAGAACGAAACAAAGAUGGAAUUGACAGAUAAGAGAAUGAAGAACAUCAACGAUGCAGUGGAAGAAAUGAAACACAAACAGGCGCGGUAUGACGCAGAGGACCGAUCUUACAGAGAACGCACGGAUAGAUUCGAACAUCAGAUCAAAGAUGUGCGGGAUAAUUUACUUCAAAAGCUAAAUUCGAUAUUUGUCGCUGAACACAAAGUGGAGGACCUGGUGAACAAAUACAAGGACACCCGUGAAGAUAUUACCCGCCGGAUUGAAGCGAUUGAAUCGAAGGACCAGGGUGUCUUGCAGGAUGUUGAUACUAUGAAACAGGCUGCCAAACAAUGUGCAGAUCACAUCGAUGUUUUUACGAAUGCGUACGAGGAGAUCAAGAAUUCUGUUAAUGACAUGGAGUCCAAAGUCACCGAUUUUCAACGCCGUGUGCUUGAAAGUGAUCAGCGUGUCAAUAGUUUUCAACGUGAGGUCAAAAUUGAAAUGACGGGUAUGAGACAGGUGUUGGACCAACACAGGAGUAGCUUGGAAUUGAAUAUAGAGAGGGUUCGUGAAGAUGUCACGAAAUUCAAUGAUAUCAUUGGGAAGCAGUCUUCUGUGAUGGAAGACCUUGAAAAGGAGCUUCAGAGUUUGGAAGAUAAAGUCAAGGGGCUUCAGUCAAAACCACAAAACGUGCAGAGAGGAUCCGUGGAUGCUGCCAAGAUGUUGUCAGAAGUAGCUGGUAUUCAGAAGAAGCUCGAGGUUUACAUCGAUGAAAAAUUGCAAGAUGUUGAAGCUAUACAUGCAAUUGAUAAGGGUGAACUGGAUGGUUUGAAGGCUGAGUACAUGAAGCUUUACAAGAAUAUACAGGAAGUGAGUCAAGAGUGUAAGAAGGACUACAAGUCAACUUUGCAACACAAUGAUAAUAACAACUCAGCGAUGAGGACCGAAUUUGAAACGAAGUACACAAAACUGUCAUUCCAAAUUAAGGGGUUAGAAGACCAACUAACCAGGAAUGUACCCCAGAACACCGCAGAGGGUAAAGCCACUGAUGCAACCCCGGGUAUUCCUUUUACUAAUUUCAGCUCGAUUCAGCGUGAUCUGAGAGGUUUGAUUGCAAGGGUUGAUGAUUUCGAUGGCGAAUUGAAGACGAUCCGAGUUACACACAGGAAGGAUUUCGAAAGGGUGAAACAAGAUCUGGUGACAGAGAUGGACCUGCGUGGGAAGGAGCAGCGUGGUAAUCUGCAGAUAUUUUGCCAUGAUAUCGUCGAGGAUGCAUUCGAAAGGAUUUACACUCCCUAUAUUGAUAAUGUAGUGCGAAAGGUUGACCUGAAGGUUGAGGAUCUGAAAUCAAACGUUCUUGACAUUGUUGAACAUGUUGAAGAGCUUCGUAAUGAGGUGAAUCAUCGAGGUCGUGUGCCCAUCCCACCAACAACAGGCCAUGGUUCAGGGGAGAUAGAAGAGGACAUCCAGUACGAUGGAAAGGACGAAUCGAAAAAUAUGCAAGAUGAGAUCGAAAGAUUGCAGAAGAAGGUAAGUGAUCAUACAAAACAAAUACGGGAGAUUACAUACAAUACGAAGCAGUCAGAGUUGCAAUGGGACGAUAGAUUUUUGUCGUUGCAGAAAGAUACCAUUGGUCUGUCUACGAAUAUGAAGAACAUGGACUUGGAGUUGGAUAGGUUGGGUGAAUUUCGACGUAAACAGACUGAUUCGAACAAGGAAGUGAGCACCUGGAAAAUCACCAUGGAUGAAUCGAUGCAGUCUUUCAAGAAUGAACUAGCCAGGAUUGAAAAAAAUGUGAAUGAUAUCUGGGAGUCAGUGCCGGACCAUUACAACCCACAGGACAACGGCAUGUCGGAGGAGGCCAGUGAUUGGGCGAAAAGGAAAAAGGAGAUGGAGGAAUAUAUUGCUAAAUUGAAGCAGACGAUGCAGCUCAUGCGGGGGACUUACCAAACCUGUACAGAAACCACGGAUAUGCAAUUGCAGAAGAUGCAAAAGGAUGUCAAUGAUAAUAUAGUUUUGGUGGAACAUCAGCGACAUGCGGUGGAAGAACUCACAAUUGCGAUGCAGAAAAUGAACGGUGUUAUGGAGACUCUGCAAUCGGAAAUCAAGGAAAUGAAUGAGCAACGCACGGCCGCCAUCCCCAGCCAAAUCAACCGCGGUUCCAACAAGGAUGGCCAGCGUUCGGAUGUGACGGGUGGCUGGGAUGGUUCUGAGAAGGGGAAGGUGGGCAAGCUGGUCACCCGUAUGGAAGAUAUCGAGCAGAGGAUACGUGACUUUGAUGUGAGUAUGUCCAAAGUGCGUGAGUCGAUUACGGAAUACCUGGAAAUGUCGGGUGUAUUGGCUACUGAUAUUGGAAGGUUGCAAAAGGGUAUCGAGGAUGUGGAUAUGAAGCAGGAAAAACUAAUGCAACAGCAGCAUGAGAAAGAUACUGGAAUUUUUACUUCAAUAGAGGCUCUCAAGAAUGAAUCGGGGAGUCUGAAGCUUCGUGUGGAUGGCCUUGAACAGAAAAUCGAGGGAGUCAAAAAAGAACAUUCCGCCAUUACAAGAAACCAGCCCGAUUUGGAUGCAUGGAAAGGAACCAUGCUAGGAGAGGCGAGAACCGAGGCUGAGAGGGUGUGUCAGGAGAAAACAACAGGGAUGGAGGCCCGUAUGGAGACCUUCCAAAAGACUGUGGUGGCUGUGUCUGAAUUGGCCGAAUCACAGAAUGAGUUCGUUGAAAGGGCACUGCGCCAGGCGACAGAGCUGGAAGCUUCAUUGGAUGCUGUCAAGGAAGUGGAUGCCAGGCAGGAUGAAGCCAUCAAGGCAUUGGAGGGGAGACAGGGUGAACUGGAUGUCAAGGUGGAUGCCGUUUCUAAGUUCCCCCCUCCCGCGCCUGUUGUCCCGGACGAUUCUGCGUUGAAUGCUUUCAAAGACGAAAUCACGAAAGAAUUCGAUAACUUGGGCACUCGGAUCAACAACGUUCAACACAUUGCAAAGAGUGCACUGGAUAUGGUUCAAGAGAAGGAUACGAAGCUGAACACUUUAGAGGAAGAGGUGAUGGACCUGGUAGGGAAGGUCACCGCGCUGGAGGCACGUUCUCCUACGGCCUCCCCCCGAAGCUCUGAUCGCAGCGAGAAGGGCCAUGCUGUAGCGGAGGAGUACAACGAAGCCCUGGCCCCCCGCCUCCGUGCUCUGCAGGCCGACCUCGAGAAGGCGUCCAGGAUCUUCUGGCAGUACGAGCACGGCUUCAUCCGUUAG